AAUGAUAGAGUGAAUUAAUUCAACCUUAGCCAGCCCUGAUUGACUCAGCAGCAAACUGGCAUGUACAAACAUUCACAGUGACACCAAAGCCAUGGAGAGAGAAAAGAGGAAUGACAUGUCUUUCUCCAGAAAGAGAAGUUUCACUUUUGGGGCAUAUGGAGGUGUGGACAGAUUCACAUGUGGGGAUGAGACGAGACCUGAAUCUGCAGAGGACAACAUACUGGACAUCCUGGACUCUCCUGCCAGGGACAGAAAGCCUUUCCUCCCUGCCAGCAGCAACCAGAGGGACACAGAGCUGUUUGAAAUCAUUGAAAAGCUGCAGGGCAGCAGGAUCGAUGAGCAGCGGUGUGAAUUCCCUCCUCCUCUGAAGUCUCAGCUUUUAACCAUAGGUGGAGACCUGCCGCUCAUCCUCCCGCCGAGUCAGGGGGGCUACUGGGUAGACCCCCCUCUGGACAGGCUUGUAGAUGUGAGUCCCACCUCCUCUCACUGUGGCCUUGAUGAUUCAGAGAGCUACGACAUCAUGGAGAGAGACGGGGAGGCCAAAAUCUACCAAGAGUUCUUCAGCUCACGAUAUCAUCACUCAUUCACAGCAGUGGAUCCGUCUUUGGGGCCUCUGGUUCUCUCCGUGUGUCUGGAGGAAGAGGAGAGCAAGCUGCGGGUGAUACUAAGAAUGAAGGAGUGCUCUCUGCAUGGAGUUUUCUCUGCCUCUCUUUUCCCCAACAUCCCAUCAGCUGUUGAAUUAGCAAAGAUGCUGUGCGACAGAGUGACUGUGUCAAAGUUUGAAGUGGUCAGCUACCUCAAGGCUCCAGAACUCAUAACUGCAUUUGAUGAACACAGAGUGUCUCCAAAUUUCAAGUUUGGCGUUUUGUACCAAAAGGACGGGCAGUUCACUGAGGAGGACAUCCUCAGCAACAAUGAGGAGAGUGAGGAGUUUAAAGAGCUCCUUUCUGUUUUGGGAGAGACGAUUCAGCUGCAAGGCUUCUCUGGGUUCAGAGGCGGACUGGACGUGUGUCAUGGUCAGACAGGAAGUGAAGCCGUCUUCACUUCCUUUCACGGGAGAGAAAUCAUGUUCCAUGUCGCAACUAAACUGCCUUUCACAGAGGGCGACCCGCAGCAGUUACAAAGAAAAAGACACAUUGGUAAUGACAUUGUAGCUUUGGUCUACCAGGAUGGCCAAACCCCAUUUUUGUCUGACGUUAUCAAGUCUCACUUCCUGCACUGUUUCCUGGUGGUCAGGAGGAUUCAGGAUCCAGAGGAGACAGGUGAAACUGCGUACCAGGUUUCCGUCACAGCCAGAGAGGAUGUUCCUCCCUUUGGUCCAGUCCUCCCUGAUCCUCCCAUCUUUAGAGAUCGUUCCCUGCUGAGAGAAUUCCUCCUGACCAAACUCAUCAACGCAGAGAUUUCCUGCUAUAAGGCUGAACGAUUCAGCAGACUUGAGCUCCGCACUCGUUCGUCACUCCUGGAGAGUCUGCAGGCUGAACUCUCCACCCGUUCCCAGUGCAUGAUGGGGGAUCCAUCACUUUCUGGCUCUGAGGGUACACGAGGGGCGACUGAAGGGAGUGGAGGAUUCAUUGAAAACUUUAAGAGAGCCAUAAGAGUGCGGAGUCACUCCUUUGAGACUCUCGGGGUGCCCAGGAAGACUGGUGGCAGUGCAUCACAGAAACCUAAGACAGAGAAAGAUGGAGAGAGUGACAAAUCUCCAGGACCUCUGCCUGCUGACAGUUUGGGUUCAGCUGAAAUCAAAGACCAAGCAAGCCCUCAAGAAGAGACCCUAUAAAAGGAAAUAUUAAUAUGUAGAUUUUAAAUGUUAAUAUAAUUAUAGACAUUGCUCGCCUAAAUGGUUGCUACUUUAUCAUCCUGCUUAUAUGUAAAUAGAGUGUAAAAGUAAAUAGUAUUUCUAAGAAUAUAAUUAUUUUACUGUCAUAGUGAUACUUUACAAUGAUGAAAAUAUUAACAUUGUAUUUCAGUGAAAUGUUAAACAAACAAA